GGGAAAACUCGUCGUCGUUCUGUUAGAGGUCGCCGAUCCCUCAUAAGAGUGGCGGUGGAAGGCUCGUCUCCAGUCGUUGUAGCUGCACCGUUAUCGGAUUCGAUCAUGCAGAAUACGGCUGUUGAUAAAGUGACUCAACUGACCCAGAGAAUAGAACAAGUCCGUGCGUAUAUGGACCAUUUGCGAUCGCAAAAGGAGGAGUGGGAACAGUUAUUAGAAAGGCAGCAUAUGAAGAAUCAACAUGCCGCUAGUAAGGUUGAUCGUCCGUACGAACGCAAGCCUUCCGCACGUGUUCCUAUCGAGGACCUCGGUCACACUGAAGCGAUGCAGAAGCCUCGACACGUUUUAAAUCGAGUUCUUCGUGCUUUCAACAAAAGGAAUGAGGAUAUCCAGAGUCAAAGAGACGUGAACAAACUUCAGGAAGAAUGCGAUUCAAUUUCGUCUUCUAUUGAUACGCUGAAAGCAAGGACAGAAAAUCUGGUUGCUCUUUUGUACGCAGAACCCAAAGAAAAACUGUUGGAAAGGAAAACGUGGUUAGAAGAUCUGAAGAGCAAAGAAGCCAGACGGAGACGUGUACUUGAGGAGAAGUUAGCACGUCUGGAAGCACAAGAAGCUCAUUUCAGUGCAGCUCGAGCUGUGAGCUGCAAAUAG